GCUCCGCCAGUCUCUGAAGUCUGUUGACGUUGAUAAUAACCUAACCAACAACAGUACCGGAGUUCUUAAUUGAAGGUUUAUUAUUAAUAUUUGCGUAUAAAUAUUGAAUUGCGCAUUGUGAAAAGUUGUAUUUGCAAAAUGUUUGUAAAACCGCAAACACUCUCGUUGAUCUUUCGGCGGAUGUCGACUAUUACCAAAGAUAUUGAGAAUCUAAUUAAACAUAACAAAGUUGUUGUAUUCAUGAAAGGAGUACCUGAGGCGCCCAGAUGUGGUUUCAGCAAUGCUGUUGUUCAAAUUUUUAGAAUGCAUGGUGUCAAAUACGAUGCACACGAUGUGCUUGCUAAUGAGGAUCUCAGACAAGGUGUCAAGGAGUUUUCGAAUUGGCCUACGAUACCCCAAGUAUUCAUGAACGGUGAAUUCGUCGGGGGUUGUGAUAUUCUACUUCAAAUGCAUCAGAAUGGUGAGCUCAUCGAAGAGCUUAAGAAAAUAGGAAUUACAAGCGCUCUGUUACAAGAAGAGAAAAAUGAAUCCUCUAAUAAACCUGACAAAUGAAACACGACUGCUCUGUAUAGAUAAUUCUAUUUAAUAGUUAUUUUUUGUUACCAAUAAUAAACGUUUGAGUUUGAAAAUUGUGUUUAGUCUGUAUAAUUAUUUUUCAUUUCUAAAUAAAAAUCUUAUAUUUGGCUGA